UUCAUCGCUUCUCCUUUAACCUGCAAACCCUCCGAACACUCUAGAACCCCCAAACUUUCUUCACAUAUAAAACCUUCUCAAUAACUCCACCACAUUCAUCAUAUUCCGCAUCAAUCCACCAACAAAUCUCCUAACAAUUCGCGUAUUUUCAACCAAUUUCAACCAACAAUGGAUGAAGAUUUCGAUAUUCCAGCAGCCGACGAGAUGAACGACGGUUUCAUGGACGAUAUUGAAGCUCCGGUGACUUUAAAAGUCGGAGAAGAGGAGGAGAUCGGAAAUCAAGGGCUGAAGAAGAAGCUGUUGAAGGAAGGUGAAGGUUGGGAUACUCCUGACAGUGGUGAUGAAGUUGAAGUUCAUUAUACGGGAACUUUGGUUGAUGGCACGAAGUUUGAUUCUAGCAGGGAUAGAGGAGAGCCGUUUAAGUUUACUCUUGGUCAAGGGCAAGUAAUCAAGGGAUGGGAUUUGGGUAUCAAGACCAUGAAGAAGGGCGAAAACGCACUUUUCACCAUUCCCGCUGAUCUAGCUUACGGUGAAGCUGGUUCGCCCCCGACAAUCCCUCCCAAUGCCACUCUCCAGUUUGACGUUGAAUUGCUCUCAUGGGUUAGCGUCAGAGACAUUUGCAUGGAUGGUGGUAUUUUCAAAAAGAUCGUAAAGGAAGGCGAGAAGUGGGAGAACCCUAAGGACCUUGAUGAGGUUUUAGUGAAUUACGAGGUUCGACUUGAGGAUGGCACUCUAGUUGCAAAAUCCGACGGCGUAGAGUUCGCGGUACCAGAUGGCCAUUUCUGUUCUGCAUUGUCUAAGGCUGUAAAAACAAUGAAGAAAGGGGAAAAAGUCAUCCUUACGGUCAAACCAGAAUAUGGAUUCGGGGAGAAGGGAAAACCGGCUUCUGGAGACGAAGCUGCAAUCCCCGCGAACGCUACGCUGCAAAUUACGCUCGAACUUGUAUCAUGGAAGGUGGUGUCGAAUGUUACGGAUGACAAGAAAGUCGUCAAGAAAAUCUUGAAAGGAGGAGAAGGAUAUGAACGACCGAAUGAAGGAGCCGUUGUUCAAGUGAAAUUGAUUGGUAAGCUACAAGAUGGUACCGUGUUCAUCAAAAAAGGUCAUGAUGAUUCCGAGCCUUUCGAGUUCAAGGCAGAUGAAGAGCAAGUGAUUGAUGGAUUGGAUCGAGCUGUUUUGACAAUGAAGAAAGGGGAAGUAGCUCUUCUGACAGUUGCACCAGAAUAUGCCUUUGGUUCUACCGGUUCUGAGCAAGAAUUAGCGGUGGUUCCCCCUAAUGCUACCGUUACUUAUGAAAUUGAGCUUGUCUCUUUCGUUAAGGACAAAGAAUCAUGGGACAUGACCACGACCCAAGAGAAGAUCGAGGCUGCCGGCAAAAAGAAAGAAGAAGGAAACGCGUUCUUCAAAGCCGGUAAAUAUAAGAAAGCAGUGAAGCGGUAUGAGAAGGCUGCUAAGUACAUCGAGUACGAUACUAAUUUUGAAGAAGAGGAGAAGAAACAAGCAAAAGCGUUGAAGAUUACUUGCAACCUUAAUAAUGCAGCAUGUCAACUGAAACUCAAAGAGUACAAACAGGCUGAAAAGCUUUGCACCAAGGUAUUGGAACUUGAGAGUACGAAUGUGAAGGCUUUGUACCGGAGGGCUCAAGCAUACAUAAACGUCGCGGAUCUGGAUCUUGCAGAGCUUGACAUUAAAAAAGCACUCGAGAUCGACCCAAAUAACAAGGAUGUGAAACUUGAAUACAAAGUACUGAAGGAGAAGAUAAAAGAAUACAACAAAAAGGAUGCUAAAUUUUAUGGAAAUAUGUUUGCCAAGAUGACUAAAUCAUCAUCCAAUAAAGCAAAGGAGGCAGAACCAAUGAGCAUAGACAGCAAGGCUUAGCAUGAAUAUGAAAGAAAUGUGUGAUUGUAGGGGGGCAUAAGAGUGUUAUGGGAUUUUUUGUGGUCAAGUGCUCUUAUUAAGUUAUGCUGUGUGUUGACUUGACAAUGGUGUUCUUUUUCUCUGUCACUUAGAAUUGAAACUGUUAAUCUAAUUGUAUUGGUUCUGUUAAACCAUAUAGAGGUAAAUGUUUGUUUUUCUUGCAAA